AUGAAUGGGAGGGCUGAUUUUCGAGAGCUGAAUGCAGAAGUUCCAAGACCAAUUCCCCACAUAGGGGCUGAUUACAUUCCAACUAAAGAAGAAAGAAGAGUCUUCGCAGAGUGCAAUGAUGAAAGCUUCUGGUUCAGAUCUGUUCCUUUGGCUGCAACAAGUAUGUUGAUUACUCAAGGAUUAAUUAGUAAAGGAAUCCUUUCAAGUCAUCCUAAAUAUGGUUCCAUCCCUAAACUUAUAUUUGCUUGUAUCAUGGGAUACUUUGCUGGAAUUUCUUACGUGAAAACUUGCCAAGAGAAGUUCAGAAAUCUUGAGAAUUCCCAUCUGGGAGAAGCUUUACACUCAGCUUUACAGUCACGGCAAUCUUCACCAUCUGGGCACUAUUCUCAGAAGUCAAAAUAUGACUCGAAUUUGGGUGGUCAUUCAUCUUUUGUGACAUCUCCAGCCGCAGACAACAUAGAAAAAGAGAUGCUUCCUCAUUAUGAGCCAAUUCCAUUCAGUGCUUCUAUGAAUGAAUCUACUCCCACUGGUAUUACUGAUCAUAUUGCCCUAGGACCUGAUCCCAACCCUGAAGAAAGUCCUAAGAGAAAAAAUAUUACAUAUGAGGAAUUAAGGAAUAAGAACAGAGAGUCAUAUGAAGUAACUUUAACACAUAAGACUGACCCCUCAGUCAGGCCUAUGCAGGAAAGAAUGCCAAAAAAAGAAGUCAAAGUAAACAAAUAUGGAGAUACUUGGGAUGAGUGAAAAAUUGCAUCAUUGGACCUACUGAAAGCGUUUCAAUAUCCAGCUUUAUCU